AUGCAUAACAAUGAUAAGUACCUCAUGAAAUUAUCCGAUCAAUUGCUUGUAGGUGCUACAAUCCGUUUCUCAAAAGAUGGAUGGCUUCUAUUGUCUAACGGGAAAAAAUCCGUAUUCUGCUACAAUCCCUUCACUAGAGCAAUCAUUUGUCUUCCAGAUUUACCUGAUAAUUAUGUACUUGGUGGAAUGUCAUUCUCGUCCGUACCCACUUCUCGUGAUUGUGUGGUGAUUGCUAUUUCCAAUUGGUAUGAAUUUGUGGAUUACAAUGAGAUAUCUUUCUUGGUCACUGAACUGGGGAAGAGUGCAAUUGAAUGGACUGAUUAUAAAUUCGAUUAUGAAGGCGACAGUCAGGAUAACUUUAUGCCGUGUAUCAACAACCCGGUUUUCAGUGACGGGGAUUUCUACUGCUUAGAUUAUAACGGGAUGUUAGGAGUUUUUACUAUGAAAGGAGGUUAUCCCAAUCGGAGAGUGCUUUCAAAGUCCUUGAAACAAUUCGGUGGUUUUUAUCCAAGUUAUUUGGUUGAGUGUGAUAAAAAGCUUUUACUAGUAAAUUUAGGACAGAGUGGAAAAUCAGUGAAUAUUUAUGAAUUGGAUCGCACAGAAAUGGUCUGGGUGAAACUGAACAGUUCGGGAAAGCAUGCAGUGUUUAUCAGCUGUAGAUCCAGUUUCUCAGCAGUUGCUCCACGUAGUUGCAUGGAGAACAAAAUAUACUUCCCUAGAUUAUACGGUGAAAGGAUUUUAUACUAUUCUCUCGAUACAUGUAGGUAUCAUUAUGUUGGGAGUGAUCGACAUUCUUUGCAAGAUUUUCAUAAUACGAAGGAAAGAUCAAGCUGCACUUGGAUUGAGCCUAGGUGGUCUUAG